CGAGAGCCAGGAAUCGAGUACCUGGCUGUCGAAGAAGCAAUAGUAAUAACACGGCACACGCAGCGAGCUUCCUCAUCAACCCAUAACCCGUCAGGUCAAACGCCAUGUCCUCCAGUAACGCUCGGAAUCAUGACUCCGUCCCCCUCUUGCAUGCCGACGAGGACGAGGCGGACACCCGAUUCACUAUAGCUGAGGAGGUUGAAGUUCGCGAACAUCAUGACCGAGGCGAGUCGUCAUCCUCGGGAGCAGCAGGGCGCAGGAUCUCAGCAUCAGAAUCGUCAUUGGCAGGCGGAGGUUCAAUAGGAGGCUAUCGGUAUGAGAUUCAAGACUCAGCGGGCGAGUCAGCAUCGUCCUCUGCAAAUGCCAAGUACCCUCCAUUGCCGCCUUCGUAUGACGACGUGAUCCGAGAAAAUCGCAACAAGACUUCCUUCUACUCCACUGUCAGCCAGCACAUCUCCUCACUACCGCAAUGCGUGCCGGAGGGAUUGAGAGAUAGCGCAAAGGAGGGUUGGAGAAAGCUCAAGAUGUUGGUUUGGAAGCUGUGGCCUUCAUCGAGGCUUGCACACACUUUCCUCAUCCUUGCAGGCCUGUGGGUGCUUGUCGUGCUCACAGGCCCUUCUUUCGAAAGCUUCUCGUCUGGUGGCGACGCUGGCGUUGCUUGGAAGUGGGAGGAUAUCAAACCUUAUGAGGAGCCGCCUUUGCCAUUCAAAGGAGACGGAGAGAUUCGCCAAAAUGCAACUUGGACCCUUGAAGGCUGUGCCGCCGAGGCGGAUCAAUCUGGGUGGUUCUGGGGGACCUGGUGCUACUCCAAAACCAACUUUGAGCUCACCGUGCCGCCAUCAUUCGGUGCGGGAGACAGGCUCUACAUCCUUGCAGAUCCGCCGCAUGGCAAUGUUCCGUCAAACGAUCAUCGGGGCACUGUGAGAGGGGUAGUCCGCUUCGUCGAGGAAAAGGAGGACAGGGGACCGGUAGGAGAUGGGAAGGCACGGAUCAAGGUGCACGUCAAAGCUCGAUAUUCCAAGGUGGCUGAGCGCUACUUUAGAGGUGUCACUGUUGCGCGGAUAGGACUCGGCCGCUAUGACGAAGGCAUCGGCAUUUACACCCGCCCUUCAUUUCCGCAUAUGGGGCGGAUUGGCCAACAGGAACCGCUUACGUUCGAAGUGAUUAUCAGGAUCCCGAAGCAUACACCAAUCCCCCAGUUCGAAGUCACGACUAGUGCAAUGGAUGUUGUCGUUUUCGACGGCGAUGCAGGUGAUGCAACCUCAACUGAGACGUCCGCGCUUUCGUCUCGCCACUUUGACAUUAUUCAUUCGGACCGGUCUACCAAGACGCAUUUCGGCAACUUGUACAUCUCGAGUGACGCUGGUCUCAUUGGUAUUGGCAGAAGCCUCGGGCGGCCGCUGCGUGCCGACGGAACUGUCAAGCUGCACACCAAGACGGGAAAUAUUGCCAUUGCCGGAGAUGUGGCCGCACAGAUGUUGGACUUCCGGAGUGAGAGCGGGGGCAUCCGGCUGCUCAAGCACAUUAAGGUGGAGGCAUGGCGAGAAGGGACGCUGAUGACGCAGGACGCUGUUAUCUUUCUGGAGCAGGGCAGCCUGGUUCGAGGGACAACACUUGUUGCAAGUACGCAGAAUGGAAGGAUCGACAGCAACGGCCGGGGAAUUGGCCGUGGCGUCUGGUACGCGAACCACAGCCUCAGCCUCACAAGUCAGACCGGGCACAUUGGUGCCAACAUUGGAGUGGAGAAACCGCAGGCGGCUGGCUUCAGACCCAAGGAAGGUUUCCCCCGGAAGGUCACAGUGAAGACAUCCACACUAGAGAGCAGCGUGGACAUCGUCUAUGUCGAGCAAGCCGACGACGUUCCGCUCGAUGUGGUAGCACAUUCGGACAAAGGUGCAGUGAGCGUAGCGCUGCAUCCGAACUUCGUCGGGAGCGUCCACCUGCAAGGCUCGUCCAGCAGCGAUGCGGUGAAUCCGAAUCGGGGCAAAGGCCCAAAGGGACACGAGCGACACUUGGAGGUGAAUAGGAAGAAAGAAGGCUGGUCCAAGUUUAUGGCCGACGGCAAGAUCUGGCGCGAUAAUGCAAAGGAGAUCGGGGAGCAGUCUUCUGUUACAGUGACGACGUCGGUUGGGCGGGCCAAGCUGCGCUUUGACUCUUGAACCGGCCCCCGGCAAGUUCGCUCUGCCUAUUGGCUUCUCGUUUCGUCGCUGCAAGCUCCUUCCCACACAAGCUCCUUCACUUGUAUUUUUUCCAGCAUUCAUUCGCAAAUGAUUCUUAGAGUAAUUGAAGUUGGCAAAUAUGCGCAAUGAC